CUCAGAAUGCAUGUGCAGCCUGUGGUGCUCAUGGCAGUGUAUAAGGGAUUCCCCCCAUCAUUCUGACAUGUGACCUGACAAUUAACCCUGUAUGACUAUGUAUGAGGUCCUGCCACUGGUGUGUACCAUUAUGAAAAAAGGGAUAGCAGGUGGUCCGCGACAAGUAUUAUGAUAUGGAUAUGUGCAUGUCUUGGCUAAGAAUUCUAGUAUCAACUUGUCACACUGACCUCCUUAUUGUCUUAUGAGCAAGUAAAUUUCAUCAUCAUGAGCUGCACAUGCACAACAUGCGUACACCCUCUCUACCUGUUACACACCAAAUAUGUUUGCUCAACUUCUGUGUGCCGCCUGCUUGUCUCAAACACGUCUUGGGAGUCGGUUGAACUUAUCCAGGAUUACCAGUAAGGACCCUUGUACCCCAAAUUCCCAUGAGGCCUAUUUAGGGAGAAUUCUGUUGGAUUUGAGGAGCAUGAGGGCCCAGUCUUCUAAGACUGCAGUGUUCUGUGGAAAGAUAUGGACCUUGGACCUACCAGAAACCUGUGAUCAGGGUUUUAUCCGGGUUCCCCUGUACUAUGUGUUUAGGUUUGUCACACCGUACCCUGGUCGUGGUUUCACCUAAGUUGUAAACGUCUAAGGUCGGGGUCACUUUGGCUUUCCUCUUACAUGAUGCUGAUAUCCAGUGAUACGCUGAAAUAUUGAUCAAGUGAUGUUAACCCAACCAUGAGCUCGCUUUGUUGUAUUCUGUCUCAGAUUGAGGCUGCUAUAUGAUACACCUGACUACAUCAUCACACAUCUAGCUUACUUGUGUUAUCCUCAAAUCUUUUAAGAUUUAAGUUAACACAAAUUGUCUUUGAAGUUGGAAAAAAGGUGUUGCAGUUUUUCAAUGCCUCAACAGAAGAGUACAGUGUUAUAUUCACAUCCGGCUGCACCGAGGCACUGAAGCUUAUCGGCGAGACAUUUACUUUCCGUGAUGCAACUACUUCUGCUGAAGACACGUCUCAGGCCAGCGAUGUUGGUGCCAGCUUUGUGUACCUCCUGGACAAUCACACAUCAGUGCAGGGGAUGCGGGAGCUGGUCUCCGACAAGGUGUCUGGGAUAUUCUGCCUAGACGAGGGGGAGCUGGAUCAAGAAAUCCCACAUCACCUUAAUCAGAUCCACAUGAGCCAAUCUACUGAUCAAAACAAACCAGAAUCAAACCAUGACAACCAAAAGCCAUUUGUUGCCAAACCUAAUCAAAGCCAAACCAAAGAUCAAACCGAGAAAUCAUCAGUUGACCAUACUGCAAUCCUGCCAACUGCUGAUAUUUCUAGUCCGGGAGAAAAGCAUCAUGUGUCCUCUGAAUGCCAUCAAAGGGGAACAAAAGAUCAAUCAGAAAGACAGUGUAAUUUGUUUGCAUAUCCAGCACAGUCUAACUUCUCUGGAAAAAAAUAUCCCUUGAGCUGGAUAGACAGGGUCCAGCGAGGGGACAUGGGCUUCCAGAGCAAGUUGCCAGGGAAGUGGUAUGUGGUUCUAGAUGCUGCCAGCUAUGUGAGCACUUGCAAGCUGGACUUGAAACAAUACAAGCCUGAUUUUGUCACUUUGUCUUUCUACAAGAUCUUUGGUUUUCCAACUGGUCUAGGUGCCCUCCUGGUCCGGGCUGAUGCUGCUCCCCUGCUCCACAAGCGGUACUUUGGAGGGGGCACCGUUGCUGUCAGUGAUGCAAGGGAGAGGUUCCAUGUGCUGAAGCCCACACUUGCAGACAGUUUUGAAGAUGGCACCUUACCAUUCCUGGACUUGAUUGCACUGAGGCAUGGACUGGAUGCUGUACACAGGAUAGGGGGUGACAUGGAGAAAGUGUCCAGGCACUCCUUCACAGUGGCCAAGUUCUUCCAUGACCAUCUCCUUCAGCUCUGCCACGGGAAUGGCUCCCCUGUUGCCCGCGUCUACUGCCAGGGGUUCGAAGACAUACACACCCAGGGAGCCAUUGUCAACUUUAACAUCCUUCGGGACAAUGGAGAGUUUGUUGGAUUUGCUGAGGUAGACAAGAUGGCCCAGCUGCAGGACGUCCAUCUGAGGACCGGCUGCUUCUGUAACAUCGGGGCUUGUCAGAAAUACCUCCACCUCACCUCCAAACAGAUCAGGGAAAACUUCCAGGCCGGCCAUGUUUGUGGAGAUGACCAAGACAUGAUUGAUGGUCACCCAACAGGGUCAGUCCGCAUAUCCUUCGGCUACAUGUCCACGUAUGGAGAUGCGGUGCAGUGUCUGCGCUUUAUCACAGAAUACUUCCUGGAGGGUGCAGCAAUCCCAGAGUUCCCUGUUCCAAAAUCCACUAUUGUUUCCAAUGCCAACCCAGUGCUGCCAUCGGUUACUAAAAGUAGUCAAACAUUACAUGAUCCUGUAAUAUCUCCCAAAAGACAGUUGCCAAGAGAGGAAAAGGACUUGAGGAAGGAGGAAGAGGUUCUGGAGAAGUGUUCUGAUGCUUCAAGGUUUCUCACCAAGAUCUGUCUGUACCCUGUCAAGUCUUGUGCUGCCUUCCAGGUUUCAGAAUGGGAAGUCGGUCCACGAGGUCUGCUGUUUGAUAGAGAGUGGAUGAUCGUCAGUGAAAGUGGGGUAACUCUUGGACAGAAAAGAGAACCAAAGUUGUGUCUCCUCCAACCAUCCAUAGAUCUCCUGUCUUACACAUUGACCCUGAGCUUCCCAGAGACACAAUCCAUCACCAUGUCUCUGACAGCUGUAGACUCUAACAGUGUGGACUAUGAAGGUCGACUGUGUACCAACAAGGUCUGUGGAGACAGGGUGAAUACAGUAGACUGUGGUGACAAGGUGGCUGACUGGCUGAGUGAGGCUCUAGGGAGACCCGGAACUCGACUCCUGCGCCUGAAACAAGAGGAUGCACGGACUGGGAGGCUGAAGGAUGCAGCGACACAGGCUACCUCGGACACGGCAAGACUGUCGCUGGCAAAUGAAUCUCAGUUCCUGCUCGUCACCAGGGAGAGUGUGAAGUCACUCCAGAAGAAGAUGGCUGACCAGGAUGACCCUGGUCAGGAGAAUAUUGGACAAUGUCAAGGUCAUUCUGAUACAGACAACUUGUUACUUCGUUUCCGUGGCAACCUGGUUGUUGGUGGUGGUUCAGGGUUUGAAGAGGAGGACUGGACACAAGUGAAGAUUGGGAAAAAUGUGUUGAUUAGUCAGGGUCGGUGCAGUCGGUGCCAAAUGGUGUGCAUGGACCAACAGACAGGGGAGAGAAGCCGGGAACCACUCCACACUCUCUCCAUGUGGAGGGGCAAAAAAGUUCCAUUUGGCGUCUACAUGCGUCAGUUGUCUCCCAUUACCGAUUCCUGCAGUGUAAUGACUCUUCAUGUUGGAGACCAAGUUGUGCCUCAGACUGACAGCUAGGACACCCAGGACGUCCAGAGUGGGCCUGUGUGUGUAGUGUGUGUGUG